AUGGCGCAUCUCAUCACUCUCGCAACCUGCUCCCUCAACCAGUGGGCGCUGGACUGGGAGGGCAACCUCGAGAGAAUCCGCACCAGCAUCCUCAAGGCCAAAGAAGCCGGGGCAACUUUGCGAACAGGGCCCGAGUUGGAAAUCAGCGGCUAUGGAUGUCUUGACCACUUCCUCGAGUCUGACGUCUAUGACCAUGCCAUGGAUAUGCUCUUCAAGAUCCUGACGGAUACCUCUCUCCAUGGCAUUCUCAUCGAUGUCGGCCUUCCGAUCAUGCAUCGGGGCUGCAGAUUCAACAGUCGUGCCAUCAUACUCGACGGGAAGCUCAUAUGCCUUCGCCCCAAGCUGUAUCUGGCCAACGAUGGAAACUUCAGAGAAAACCGAUUCUUCACUCCCUGGCACCGCCCCAGACACGUUGAGAUGCACAAUCUGCCGCCUCAACUACAGGAGCACCAGGGUGUUCGGCAGGUCCCCAUUGGCGACGUCAUCUUGUCUCUCAACGACACGACGCUUGCGGCCGAAACCUGCGAGGAGCUCUUCACCCCUCAGGCACCACACAUCAACAUGGGCUUGAACGGUGUUGAAAUCUUCACAAACAGCUCGGGAUCUCAUCACAGCUUGCGCAAGCUCAACGAAAGAAUCGCCUUGAUUCAAGAGGCAACGCGAAAGAAUGGCGGCAUCUAUCUCUACGCCAACCAAUCGGGCUGUGAUGGCGACCGGCUACUCUACGACGGAUGCUCAAUGAUCAUGGUCAAUGGCGAGAUUGUCGCCCAGGGCUCGCAGUUCAGCCUGGAGGACGUUGAAGUGGUGACGGCAACGGUCGACCUCGAGGAGGUGCGGGCACACCGCUGCGCCCCGUCUCGAGCCUUCCAAGCCAUGCAGGCGCCAGCCUACGACAGGAUCGAAGUCGACUUUCGUCUUACGCAUGAGACCACCAGCAUCAUGGAGAUUCCCACGCCAACCCGGCCACCAAGAUAUCACCUCCCAGAGGAGGAGAUUGUACUCCGACGAAGCAAAAUGGCAGGCUACCUGGUACCCCUCUCAGGAGGCAUCGACUCAUGCGCCACGGCAACCAUUGUAUACAGCAUGUGUCGACUCGUCGUUCAGGCUGUCAAGGACGGCAACAAGGAAGUCAUUGCUGACGUCAAGAGAAUUGCCGCCUUCUCCGAUAAGCUUCCUGACACUCCUGAGGAGUUUUGCAACCAAAUCUUCCAUACUAUCUAUAUGGGCAUGGCCAACCAGAGCAGCAAGGAGACUCGACAGCGCGCCCAGGACCUCGCUAAACGUAUCGGAAGCUACCAUACCGACUUGAACAUUGACGACACCUAUCAUGCCACCAAGAAUCUGCUCACGCAAGGCACGGGUUUCGAGCCCAAGUUUAAGGUGCAUGGAGGAUCAAACACUGAAAACUUGGCAUUGCAAAAUAUUCAGAGCCGCUCACGCAUGGUCAUUGCCUACUACUAUGCGCAAAUGCUGCCAAUGGUUCGACAGCGUCCUGGGGGAGGCAGUCUGCUGGUUCUGGGCUCCAGCAACGUGGAUGAAUGUCUUCGAGGAUACCUCACGAAAUACGACUGCAGUUCGGCGGAUAUCAAUCCCAUCGGAUCCAUCAGCAAGUCCGACCUCAAACGCUUCAUUGCCUGGGCAAGCAAAAACCUCGAUAUGCCAAUCUUGGAGGACUUUAUUCACGCUAUUCUUGAUAUGGGCAUGACAUACGAUGAAUUGUCACGCUUCGGUACACUACGCAAGCAGCACAAUCUGGGGCCGUAUGGAAUGUUCCUGAGGCUGCUCAACGAAUGGGGUGGCCACGGCAAACUGAGCCCGCGCGAGAUUGCCGACAAGGUCAAGCGCUUCCACCAUUACCAUUUCAUCAACAGACAUAAGCAGACUGUGGCGACGCCUGCCUACCACGCGGAAUCCUACUCUCCAGACGAUCACAGAUUCGAUCUUCGUCCCUUUCUUUACCCGCCUGCGUUCGCGAGCUGGUCGUUCAAGAAGAUAGACGAGAGGGUGGAGGCUCUGGAAAAGGCGAUGAAGCGGGGUCAAACAAUAAGGUAA